CCUCCUCCUCCUCCUCCUCCUCUCUCCUCCUCCUCCUCCUCCUCCUCCUCCUCCUCGCUCCUCCCUCCUCCUCGCUCCUCGCUCCUCGCUCCUCGCUCCUCCUCCCUCCUCUCGCCUCUCAGCCGCGUCGCCCCGCCCGCGCGGGGAUGAUCUACUCGGUGGAGGGCCGGGCCUUCGAGAACUUCCUCACGCGGCGGGGCGUCGCGAGCCUUGCCAAGUUCACGGGCCUGACCGUGGGCGCCAAGGAGCAUGCCAAGGAGAGUUGGCAAUAGCGCAGCUGAAGAAGAGGACGGCGGAGAUCAUCCAGCAGAGAAGAACCUGCAGUCAACUGGCGAAGUGGCACCAGCUCGCGAAAGGCAACUCCAAGGCGAUAGCGUCGACCUACGUUUACAAGCCCAACUUCGCGUUCAACGCCAGCCGGGCUGCCAUCGUCCACCACUGGGGCGGCGGCGGAGGAGGAAGCCACUACCACAGUGCUGGAACCAAGUUGUUCAACAAGGGCUUCCGGCUCAGAGGCGUUGUCAUGCGGCAUUCGCACCAGGCCGCCCUCAGGAACGGCAAAGCAGGCCAGCAGCGGUGCGACAACCGCAAGGGGGGCGCUGGCGGGCAUGGCGGCAGACAGGCGCGCGGCCCGGCGGGCGGGCGGUGCUGAGCGCGCGGUUAGGCCGCACAGUAGGCCUGCUGCUGAGCUCGUCGUCGUCCUCGUCGUCGUCGGAGCGGAAGGAGUGGCUUGGCGACUCGCAUGAUCCACCACCAUGUUGGGCAGCCGUCCCCGUGGCGCGUGAGACAGCGCGCACCGUCGCUGGAGCCCCCCCGCGCUGCGGAGCGAA